AUGUUGUGUCGGGUCGACCUGCUUGGAUUAGUUGUUUAUGGGUUGGCUUCGGCACUGCCUCUCCUAGUUUUUGGAUAUUUGGGCCCGAUAAUUCGCCGAAAAUGCCCUGAGGGUUUUGUCCUGACUGAAUGGGCGAGACAGAGAUAUGGUAUUGUCGCCGGGAUAUACCUGAGCAUACUGACAUUGAUUACAUUGUUCCUUUAUAUGGUUGCGGAACUCUCUGCGUUACAACAGAUAAUCAAUGCGCUUACCGGCCUGAACGGAUUGCCAGUGGUGAUAGUUGAAGUCGUCGUGACGACAGUCUACACAUCCCUAGGCGGCUUCAAAGUGUCAUUCGUCACCGACAAUGUACAAGGAGCAAUGGUGGUAGGCCUUAUCGUCAUUGCAGUCAUCACCGUCGGCACCGAGGUCCAUAUCGACAAGUCGCUAAUCGAUUCAUCUGGCCUCUUGGGACCGUCGCUCCUCGGUUGGCAGUUGAUAUACAUCCUGCCCGUAGCCAUCUUGACCAACGAUUUCUUCCUAUCGAACUUCUGGCUGCGUACUUUCGCCUCUAAGACCGAUCGGGACCUACGCAUCGGUGUAUCUCUUGCCAGCGGCGCUGUCUUCUGCAUUCUCACACUGGUCGGUGUGACGGGAUUGCUCGCUGCGUGGUCUGGCGCGUGGCCAGGUGACCCACCCCAGUUGGGCUCAAUCGCCUUCUUCUUGCUCCUCGAGCAGCUUCCUGGCUGGGUCGUCGGUAUCGUGCUCGUCAUGACAGUCUCGCUUAGCACUGCUGCUUUUGACAGCUUACAGUCCGCCAUGGUCAGUACAGGGAGUAAUGAUCUCUUCCGCAACCGCCUGCCGCUGAUAUAUGUGCGCAUUCUCGUGGUUUUGUCUAUUAUCCCCGUGGUGGUUGUUGCGCUCAAGUCUCCCAGCGUGCUGCAGAUUUUCUUGAUAUCAGAUCUCGUGUCUGCGUCCUCCAUUCCUGUGCUGGUGUUCGGGCUAUGGGAUAAAAUGUAUUGGUGGACGGGCUUCGAGGUCGUUGUCGGAGGGUUGGGCGGUAUCUUGUCCGUCUUCAUUUUCGGGACGAUUUAUUUCGGCGACGCGCAUGCGGGCGCUAAAUUGAUUCUUUUGGGAAAUGGUCUUUAUGCCGAAGACUGGAGUGCCUUUGGCGCAUUCGUUGCCGCCCCUCUUGGAGGCACCUUAUUCGGAAUGGGCGCGCUACUUCUCCGAUUGAGCUACCACUACCUCCUAGCAAAACGGCAGCAUCGCAGAUUCGAUGCGUUAGACAAGCCAGAACCACCCCCUCAACCAUCCCGCCCCUAUUCAUCUGAUGAGGCGAUAGCUAAUAUUGAGCCUGGUGUCGGAGGACCCUCAUUUACUUCCAAUAAAGAUGUAGAAGAGGGAUAUAUAACUUCUAAUAAUGGGCCUAAAACGUCGCUACGGGAGCGGGUGGCGAGCAGGUGGCCCAAGUUGUGA